AUGUCACGACGUGCGGGCCAAGCCGCCCGUGCGCGGAACACGGCUGCCCAGCGGCGGCGCCGUGAGCGUCUGCGCCAGGCCCUGCGUAAGGCCGAGGCUCUGCGCCUGGCCGGCGAGCGUCCCACCGAACGAGAGGAGCAGGCGGCCCGUACCGCCGAGGACCUAGCUAGGCGGGACCGCGAGCGGCAGCGGAAGCGACGCGCAGCAAUGACAGACGACAAACGGGAGGCAGAGCGGCAGCGGAAUCGGGACCGGCAGCAGCUGCGCCGCGUCGCGAUGGCUGAUGCGGCGCGAGCAGCGCAGCAGCAGCGCGAGAGGCAGCAACAGCGGGAGCGGGCUGACAACCUGGAAGUGGAUGAGGGGGCGGCCAAGCGUGCUGCCGCGGCGGCCGCGGCGGCGCAGCAGUGGAGGCCGGCGCGUGAACGCGGCAACCGGGCCGCCUGCGAUGCGGAGGACGUGCUGGCCGGCCGGCAGCAGGUUUUCAUUCAUCAUACCAAACCAACCAUACUGCACUUCUAA